AUGCAGUGCCUCGGGUUCUCCCCUCGGCUAUUGGGUAUGGCAUUGCUGACUGUUACCUUGCUAGCGCAGGUAGACGUAAACGGUUUCGCUUUCCCUAAUCAUCUGCGACGGUCAUCCCAACAAACAAGCAUCACGGCGAAAAGUGGCAACGUAGCCAAUAUCCUUCUACUGCAACGUCAGAAGCCAAAGAAGUCAGCGAUCAAAGACCCUUUUUUCGUCAGCAAAAAGAUUAAUAGUCUGCGCAGUCCCAACGAUAACCGCACUGGCUACCUUGUUGCUCAUGACCAGCUUCACGGGACCCGCUGGGGCGACUGUCGGAGCCACUACGAAGAGAACGAUCACCGCUUCCGCAUCAGCAGCAGCGACAUUAAACACUUUACCGGCGGUCCUAUCGUCCCGCCAGCAUUCGUUGUGGCGUGGAUUGCGCUGACAGUUCUCGUGGGAACUUUUGAAGCGGCAUCGCGGGUUGGCGACUACACCUAUCGUGAUGUGCGUCGUCACUUAUGGAUCGCCCUGGCCACGAGUGGAGAUCCGUGGUUUGCUCCACGCACUUGGAUUCCCGUUUCCGGUAUGCUGUUUGGAAACGUCCUUACAGCCGCCACUAUUGCCGCGUCGUCCCUGACGAGUCAACUCGUCACGCAACAAAACGGUAUUGAAUGGCAAUUGUGUCGUGGAGCGUCCGUUAAGGAAGCCUUGCAAGAGACGCGUCGAGUCGCUGCCACGAAUGCGCUGACGCCUGUCCUCAACAUGCUGUCCGUGGCUGGGGUCGUCCACGUUCCCGGUAUGAUGACGGGACAACUAUUGGCUGGUCAAGCACCCUAUCAAGCUGCCGCCUACCAAGUCGUCAUUUUCUUUCUGAUUGCUGCCACGGCGUCAACGACGUCGAAAGGAUUCCACAAAGGAAUAUGGGCAACCCAUCCUCGAAAGUAA